CAUAGUCUUUCACGUUUUCGUUGACGUGAAACGUUGCUGCUUUGCUGUGGAUCCGUGCUAAUGGUGCAAUUGUAACGUAACUGUUACUUACAGUGUAGAUUUGCUUUGUGAGUGUGUUCCUCUUAACUUUAAUUUUCCCGUGACAGAUCACUGGUAUAGUUUUGUGCUAAAGUUCACCUGGAUACUGACUUACGCGGCAAAUUGGAGUUGAUUUCAAAUCUUGUAAAUAAUUGUUACCAUGUCAGACAUUGAAGAUAUUCAUCAAAACGUGGAAAGUGAUAUUGAAAGAACCACCCGUGAAUUAAUUGUUAAAAGGGAAUCAUUCGAGAAUCAAGAAGUAUUUUAUGAUAAGAAAAGAAAAGAAAGGCAAAAAUACAGUGCUAUAUGGUCAAAAUUUACAAUUACAGACAGUGAUCGAAGUAUAGCAUCAUGUAAUGUUUGUGGCCACAAAUUGUCAUUCAAAACAACUGUUAGUAAUUUGAGAAAACAUAUAGAAAGAAAACACAGGUAUAAUUCUCGCACCUUCACCUAUUCACCUUAUGGGCCCAAAGCAAAGAUAACACCGACUAAGAAACCAAAUUUGUCAGAACUCGGUGGUCUAGAUGGCUUGAUAUUGAAUGUGGUGGCUGAUGAGGGGGAAGAUCCUCUUGGCAUGGAGGAACAACAGUUGGAGGCCACUGUGGUAUAUCAGGACAAAGAUGGUCAUGACUACUGCGUCGUGGGUGAGGAGAUUGAAGGCCAAAACUUGCAGCAAACCGGAGAUGAAGCACCAAGGACCAUAAGUAGCCAGGCUUCCACAAGAGACAAGAUUAAACCAUCCCAUCACUCAGAACAUGCAUCAAGACCUUUGAGCUGCAUAAAUGAUAGAAGUGAGAGAGUGAAGAGAAAUCGCAUAAUGGACCUACAGCUGGAAUGUCUGGAGAUAAAGAAGUACAACAUGCAGAUGGAGGCACUGGUACUGGAGCAUCAGCUGAGUCUGCCUCGGUCCAUCUUCACACAGGUUCUGCAGAACUCCGAUACCAUUUCGAGGGGCACACAGACAGACGUGGGUGGCAACAAUACUAAAGUGUUUUACGUGUCAGACAGCAAAAUGCUCAAGGAAGGUUCACACCACCUUCUCUCUUUUCAAGCAGUGCUAAAUGAAUGAGCAUAUAUUUGUUCAUAUUUACAACUAAAUAUUAUUUUAGUAAAGUGGUCCCAGUUGUGUUUUCACGACUGUUUCCCGCGCCUUUUAAGCACUUAACUUGAAUGACAUUUGCUAAUGUAAUGUAAACCAGGAUGGAUGAUCUCCAAAACAAAUUUAUACAGUAAAAUCUAUUGUCGGCUAUGGUAAGUGGAUAAAGUGCACUGUACUGCAUACUGUUGUAAGUACAGUAUUAUCUAUUAAAAUAUUGUAAAUAUAAUACAUCAAUACAUUUUGUAUUUUGAACCUAACACUGACUGGGUCCAUGAUUAAAUAAAUGUAUACAACACA